GAGAGAGAGAAAAAAAACAGAACAGAACAGAACAGAACAGAACAGAACAGAACAGAAGACAGGACUUAAGACAUAAGACUCGUUUGGAGAAUCCAGGACUCAUUUGGAACAAAGGGUGAAGUUUAUCAGGAGUGAAAGGAUAUUUUUCUGGGUUAUUCCGGUACAAUUUCGGAUUUGACGCAUCGCAGAUCUGCAUGUGUGAGUCGACGCCCAGCAAUGGAACCCUGGCCUGUAGUGGCCUGGUUCUUAAUGCUGCCUUUCAUCACUGACUGGAUAAAGACUGUGCAGUCACGAGACUUUACAAAAAAGGACAUUAUUUUCCUCCAUCCCUCGACUACUCCGUAUCCAGGAGGAUUCAAGUGUUUCACAUGCGAGGAAGCAGCUGACAAUUACGAGUGUAAUCGCUGGGCACCAGAUGUUUACUGCCCACAAGAGGCUAAAUAUUGUUAUACACAUCACAAGCUGGACUGGGUUGGAAACACGGUGUCUGUAACGAAGCGUUGCGUCUCACUGGACGACUGUCUAUCUACCGGAUGCACUGACACGGACCAUGAAGGACUCAGGGUGUGUGUUUCCUGUUGUGAGGGAAACAUCUGUAACAUGCCUCUCCCUUGGAACGAAACAGAUGCCAUUUUCGCCACCACUUCACCUCUGAACGGCAGCAAUCGCACUGCCCUGGAUCGCACACUUCUCCUCUCCUUCAUCCUCCUCCUCUUCGUUCUCCUCAGCCAUGACUGAUCCUUAAUAACUGUGAACUGCUUGUUAACAGAUGACGUCACCUCAUCUGGUUCUUUCCUUCACGUAUUACAAAAAUACGGUUGUGAGAGUGAAAGUCCUUUAAAGUUACGCAUUAAUUACAAACACUAGUCACCUUAAAAUGUACAUUAUUUUAGUCUUCCAGUUCUAGUAACACAUUGCAGCGCCGGGAAGAACGUGAUCGUUAAGAAACAGUGUUUUAUGCAUUAACAAAAGCAAUAACUGAAAAAAAAUUCUGUAGCUGGAUCCAUGUAGAUCAACCUCCUGUGAAUGAAGUGGAAUGUUUUUUUUUUUCUCUCUUUGCUACCUUUGCUGUGAAAGCAUCCUAUCUAUGAGGAAUCAUUUAAGUAGACUUCUUGAAAAGUGCAUCACUUACAGAUGAAACCAGGCUUUAUGAGCAGAUCAUUUUAACCUGUCAAAACGGAGGCAUCUGUUUUUAGGACACUGAGGAAACGUCAGAGGAAUCCGGGACCAUAUUAACUGUUAGACGCAAGCAAAACUGUACCUUUUGUGCCAUGAAUAACAAUUUCGGUGUAUAUUUAUUUUCUUGUACCGUACAUUUUAAUUUAGAAUGAAUGCUGAAAAAAAAAAAAAAUUCACCCAAAUAAUUUUUUUUUUGUUUUGUUUUGCUUGUUUUUUUUCCCCCCAUGAUGUUUUAUGAUCAUUCCUCAUCAUCUGUCCUAAAGCACUUGUGUACAGAUGCAUGCGUAAGUUAUACACGCUGCGUUUUGUAGUGUUUGUGUUGCAUUUUAAAUCUAUUUUUAAGCCACUGGUGGCUCGUGUGGUGUAUACGGUGUAUGUGGCCCUUUACCCUUUGUGUAGGUUAUUUUGUCUGUUAGAUGUUAGACAUCCUGCUGAAGGCUAUUAAUGUUACUGUGAUGUGUUACCUGUUCAUCACCUUGAUGGUGAUGUGGUCUCAAAAAAAAAAAAAAAAAAAAAACAUGCAGUGUUUGCAACUACAGUGUUAUUGCUCUGGUUCAUUUUGGAUUUUGGAAUUUUUUCAUUUUUUUAUUUUCCACAAACUGCCCAGGACUUGAAAUAAGUUUUAGAAUAUAAAUGUCGAGUUUGUUCAGUUCUUUAAACUGAAAUAGUUUUUUUUUUCUCUAAAACAAAGGGCAUGCUGGUUACCCAUCGGUAUCCUAAGGGCUAACACACUCACUCACUCUUUAGCGUGGUUCACAUAAUCGCUUAACAUAGAAGAAAACCUUACCAGUUACACAUUGAGCGUAAACCUGAGUAGUGUGCCUAAGAGGAAAAACCCUGCAGGGCCAAAAUAUUAGGCAUGAAUCAUGUUCGAUGUGCUAAGUUGUCUGCCAAGUUUGAUACAAGUUUUUUUUAAGGAAGUUUGUAUUUUUUUUAUUUUGAUUUUUUGUAAA